AUGGGCCCUGAGGCAACAACGGCGGGUCCCGCGACCGCGGGGUAUUCUGUCUGGGACCCGCGAGGAUGGUCUUUAGUCAAAAAGCUCGCUGUCGCAGCUUGUGUUGUUGUGGUUAUCGUUGCUGUUAUUGUGGGCGCUGUGCUCGGAGUGCGAGCCAAUCGCUACCCCAGUUAUACCCAACUUAACUACAGUUUGGUGGAUACCUAUUCUGGGUCUGAUUUUUUCGAUAAUUUCUAUUAUGCGACCUCUGACCCGUCAGGUGGAUUUGUCCAGUACAUUGACCGAUCUGCGUCUGAAUGGCUCAAUUUAACAUACGCUACAAACACAUCGGCUGUGUUGAAAGUGGACACCACAUACAGUGGGGAAGACGAAGUGGCUAAUGGCCGCCAAUCCGUCCGGAUCACAUCUAAUAAUACCUAUGCCGAUGGGCUUUUCGUGUUCGACAUUUUGCACACUCCUUAUGCUUGCGGUAUCUGGCCAGCUCUGUGGCUCACAGACCCAAGUAACUGGCCCGAGCAUGGCGAGAUCGAUGUCAUGGAAGCUGUGAACAUGGGUGAAUGGGGCAACCAAGCAACCCUUCACACAUCAAGUGGAUGCAAUAUGGGCGUGAAACGCAAGGAGACCGGUACUGCAUUGUACAAGACCUGCUAUUGGGAAUCGCAUGACGAAUCGGGAUGUGGUGUGAAAGGUGCCAAGGCCACAUAUGGACCCGAAUUUAACGCACAGGGUGGUGGAGUUUAUGCGAUGGAGCUCCGGGAUGCCGGAAUUCGAGUCUGGCAUUGGGUUCGCGCUGAUAUCCCAUCUGACAUUACAUCGGGGAGCCCCGAUCCCUCCACUUGGGGCAAGGCAUACGCAGAUUUCCCAAGUACAGAGUGCAACAUCGGGAAUCAUUUCAAAAACCAGAGCAUUAUUGCCAACAUCGAUUUUUGUGGAGGUUGGGCAUCUGCGACGAAGUACUAUACCACACAGAGCGGUUGUCCAGACAGUUGCGAGACUUUUGUGAUGGAUAACGCAUCAAAUUUUACGACGGCAUACUGGGAGUUUAAGAGUUUCAAGGUUUAUCAAGCAAGCACAUAG